UUAAGGACGGGAGGGAGGAUUAACAGUUACUGAACCGUGGUGGGGCAGAUAACAUAACAAACCAAAAAUGUGCAGUCUCGAGAAACGUGACAAUCUAUGGAUCCUAACAAUCACCGGCGACGAUCAAAACCGUCUCAAUCCAACCCUAAUCCAAUCCCUUCUCUCAACCCUAAAAAAUCUCUCUUCUCAAUCCACACCCGGUUCCGUCCUCAUCACCACCGGCAAAGGUAGAUUCUUCUCCAACGGCUUCGAUUUACUAUGGGCACGUGCCUCCGGUUCCGAAUCCGCCGCAGCUGAACGAUUAAAUUUCAUGGUUGAAUCUUUCAAACCAGUUGCAGCAGCGUUAAUUUCACUUCCUAUGCCGACGAUCGCCGCAAUCAACGGUCACGCUUCCGCUGCCGGAUUCUUGCUUGCGAUCUGCCAUGAUUAUGUUUUUAUGAGGAGUGAUCAAGGUGUGUUGUAUAUGCCGGAGGUUGAUUUAGGGUUACCGUUGCCGGAUUAUUUUGCUGCGGUGAUUAGAGAGAAGAUUAAGUCUCCGUUGGUGUUGCGUGAUGUGUUGUUGGCAGGUGUUAAGAUUAAGGGGAAAGAGGGGGUGAAAUUGGGGAUUGUUGAUUCGGUGUAUGAUAGCGCGGAGAGUACUGUUGAAGCUGCUUUGCGCUUGGGGGAACAGUUGGCAGGGAAGAAGUGGGUUGGUGGAGUGUAUGCUGAGAUAAGGAAGAGUUUGUAUCCUCAAGGUUGUUUGGUUUUAGGGUUAACUCAGAAAUCAAUCAUAUCUAAGAUAUGAAUUGAAUUUCAAAGUUCAAAUUUCAACUUUAAGAUUGUGUUUUAAAUUUCAUUGCAUGUGUGCUUGUAGAUUGUGUUUGUGCAUGUUUGGAUUGACGAUAACAUUGAUAGAAUCACGGUGGCAGUGUGAUUUUGUUGAAGCUCGAGAGUGUAGUAUGCCAAAAUCACUGGCACACCGUGAUUCUGUCAAAUUAUCAAGCAAUUCAAAGAUGCAUUUAGUGGGUGUUGGAAGAAGUUAUAGACCAACUAAGUUAUAAAAAUUAUACCAUAUGCAAAGAGUUACAGAAAUAAAUGUAGAUUAAAGUUUCUCAGAA